CAAAGUUAUCAACAAGUCAAAAGACAAAAGGUGGAAAAAGGGUAUACAUACUCAAAAAAAAACAAAAUUGUGUAUAAAUGGCAAGUGAAUAACAUGAUGUAUCGUUUAUCUCCAUUAUCUAGUGAUGUAGUUUUGAAUUCAUCAGUAUUCACUACAGGAUCAAAAAAAGCAGAUCAAUGGCACGUGAUACUUCAUUUUAAUAAUGGUACGCGUACCAAUUACGCACCAGACGUUUUAACAAUCUUUUUAAAAAAUUUGAAUAAGCAUAAUGUAAAAGCUCAAUAUUCUUUUUUUUUCUUGGAUAAAAAUCAAGUAAAACACUCUAUUUUUCAUUCUGAACAAGAAUUUAAAACUUCGCAAAAAGUAUGGGGCUCACAUUUAAGCAAGACAAUACUUUUGACCAAGCCCUGUGAAAUGAUGCCAAAUGAUACUUUAACGUUAUGCUCCGAAGUCAUUGUCACUGAUGAUAAAGUCACGGUUCCAAAUGUUCCUCUGAGCUCUUCAAAAAUCCAAAUAAUACAAGACUUGAAGGAGCUUUAUAACAACAGAGAAAGCGGCGAUGUCACGAUAAACAUUGAAAAUAAGCAAAUUAAAGCUCAUAAAGUUAUUCUAAUGGCUAGAAGUCCCGUAUUGGCUGCGAUGUUUACUCACGAUAUGUCUGAAAAGAAGUCUAAUGAAGUAUUCAUAACAGACAUCUCUUCUGAUACCUUUGAAAAAUUACUUCAAUAUAUUUACACUGAUCAAGUUUCAGACCUGGAUUCAAUUGCUGGCGAUCUGUUGGAAGCUGCUGACAAAUAUCAGCUGCAGUCGCUCAAAAAAAAGUGCGAAGAGUCGCUCUGCAAAAGUUUAAAGCCAGACAAUCUUAUCUCGAUGAUGAAUUUUGCUGAACGUCACAAUGCUGAGAAUAUGUUGAAAUAUGUCACUGAAUGCAUUGCACUUGAUGCUGAAAAUAUUAUCCAGAGUGAUGAAUUCAAAAAACUGGAAAAGUCGUCCAUGGGAUUUGGAUUGUUUAGAACACUCGUGACUUUGAAUGCUAACAAAGUUACUGAAAUUGUUUAUUCUUCUUGAAGGUGGAUGACUAUUUUAGUUGAUAUAUCUUUAGUAAAAAUGUUUAAUUUGUUCAAUAAUUAAGCUCCACUCAGAUAUAGACUUCUUCAACAGAACACUCUAAUAGUUUGUGUUUAGAGUUAAUUGCUGACUGUAAUAAUUAAUCUGUCUUUGACUCUGAAUCCUAUACUUUAUAUUUGUAAUUAUUAUUUUUUAAUUUUUCUCAUAAACUUUUUUUGUACAAUGCCGAUCAACGUUUGGUGU